GUCAAUAACGCUCUAUUCCAAAUCCAAUAUAUCCCUGUUCCCACCACAAACAAAAUGGAAACAAAAACAAAUAAUUUUUCAAAAUUAAAUCUUCUACCUUGGCUCUGUCAUCAUACUCUUCAAGCUCCAUUUCUAAAUUUCACAAGUUCCAAGUUUCAAAACCCAUGAUCAAAUCCAAGAGUUUCUUUCGAAAUCUAAUUAAAUCAUUCAAAUUCAGCUCAGGCAAAGAGAGGCAGAAUGAAGACGACUUGAAGAAAAUAGCUAAACGAGAGCAAAAGCACUUCCCUUUCGAGACGUUAGUUGCUGCUACCAAAGAUUUCCACCCUCAACACAAGCUUGGUGAAGGGGGUUUUGGACCUGUCUACAGGGGGACAUUAGAUGACGGAAGAGAAAUUGCUGUGAAGAAGCUAUCUCAUAGCUCAAAUCAGGGUAAAAGGGAGUUCGAGAAUGAGGCUAAGUUGCUAGCUCGUGUGCAGCAUCGCAAUGUUGUUAAUCUUUUGGGCUACUGUGCACAUGGCAUGGAAAAACUUUUGGUAUAUGAGUAUGUCACCAAUGAGAGUCUAGACAAGCUUCUUUUCAAAUCAAAUAGAAAAGAGCUUAACUGGAAGCGGAGGUAUGAUAUAAUUAUGGGCAUUGCACGGGGUUUGCUCUACCUUCACGAAGACUCACACACUUGCAUCAUUCACCGGGAUAUCAAGGCAAGUAAUAUUUUACUGGAUGAUAAAUGGGUCCCCAAAAUUGCUGAUUUUGGCAUGGCUCGCCUUUUCCCUGAGGAUCGAACGCAUGUCAGUACCCGUGUAGCUGGUACCAGUGGAUAUAUGGCACCAGAGUACGUUAUGCGUGGACAUCUAUCAGUGAAGGCAGAUGUUUUCAGCUUCGGGGUUUUGGUUCUGGAGCUGAUAAGUGGCCAGCGAAACUCAUCCUUCAAUUCAAAUGUGGAUGCUCAAAAUCUGCUUGAUUGGGCAUAUAAGCUUUACAAGAAAGGCAAGGGCUUGGAGAUCAUGGACCCUGCCUUAGCCCUAUCCGCGGCCUCUGAACAAGUAGCUAUGUGCAUCCAAAUAGGGCUACUAUGCACGCAAAGUGAUCCCCAAUUACGACCGGACAUGCGCAGGGUGGUUGUUCUGCUGUCAAAGAAACCUGGCAGUCUAGAAGAGCCAACAAGACCUGGAGUUCCAGGUUCCAGACACAGAAGAUACCGCAGGCCUCAUGGAUUAUCAUCAACUGCCGGAACUUCCGGUGGUUCAGAUUCCCGUACAUCUGAAUCAACCUUUAAUACCUCUACUGCUUCUACGUCGGCUCUUGCAAGCCCCUUGAAAUCAGACCCGCAUGGAAAGCGCCCAAUGCAGAGUUAGUUUUGCAGGAGAUUUUUGCAUGUUGGUUAAUUCUUUACCAUAGAUGCGUUAAUAUUUUCCUAUGUAAAUUGGGGAUUAGUUAGCAAAAGGCAAAGGUUGUAGAGUUGAGCUAUGAUUCUUUUAACGUGAUAUUAUAAGAAAGAGCAUUCAUGAAUAAGGAUGGCUAAUCAAUCAAAAUCAUGGGGUUCGAUUUGAUCUUAUCUUAUAAGAUAGGAUUUUUUAAAUCAAGUUUUGGGUCGAGUCAAUUUUAUUUUUUGGAGUAUUGGAGUUAGAUUGAAGGUAAUUUAUAUGAAAUUUGUCUUGAUUCAACGUGAAAUAUUUAUCAAAAUAACUUUGUAUAGAUAUAUUUUAUUUUUUUUAAAGUUUCCCAUUCUUUUCCAUUUAUUCUUACCUCCAAGUGCAACCUUGACCUCUGUAUUUGUCAACUCUACAAAUUUUUUUUCCCAUCCACCACCCAACCCAAGAGCUUAGAGUUUUACCCAUCCAUUCCCUUCUAACAAUUUUAUCAUCCAUAUGUUCCUCCCCUUUAUUUCAGUUUUUCAUAUCUAUAAAAAUUUUGGAAAUGAAUAGGUUUAUUGGCUUAGUGGGUUGCUUUCAUCCACUCAACAGCUUUC